CGGAAACCGCCGUGACAAGGUUGUAGAGAAGGAGAGAGAGAGAGAAAUAGAGAAGUCAUGGAGCGAAACAGCUUUCACUAUUCAACCGAGAAGAGAUCCAGAGCCGUAGAUCCAGCGGGUUCAGGAUUCGGAUCUUCCAAAAAGACCAAAACACACCACGCGCAUCUCCUCUCGCCACUUGUCGUCCCCGUGGGACACGCGUCGUUCCGAUUACUCAGCGCCUUAUCACAAGUCGGCGCGGUGAUCGGAAAAUCCGGAACCGUGAUCAAACAGCUCCAACAGUCAACGGGAGCUAAGAUCCGCGUCGAGGAGCCUCCGUUCGGGUCCCCGGAUCGGGUCAUAACGAUCAUAGCGCAAGUGGAUUCAACUUCUAGGUUAAAACUAGGUGAUAGCAAUGGGAACAGUACAGAGGAUGAGGAAGUUGAGGUAUCCAAGGCACAAGCUGCGUUGAUUCGCGUUUUCGAGAUUUUGGCGGUUGAGGCGGGGAGCAGUACGGUUGUGUGCCGUUUGUUGACGGAGUCUAGUCAUGCCGGUGCGGUUAUAGGGAAGGGUGGACAGAUGGUGGGGCGUAUUAGGAAAGAAACUGGUUGCAAGAUUGCUAUAAGGACUGAGAAUUUGCCUAUUUGCGCUGAGAGUGAUGAUGAGAUGGUGGAGAUUGAAGGUAAUGUUAAUGCUGUGAAGAAAGCACUUGUAUCUGUUUCACGGUGCUUGCAAGAUUGCCAAGAUAUUAAGAAGAUAAGGGUGGUGGGAAACAGACCUCUUGAGAAAGAGACCAUUGAAGAAUCUUCGCAUAGGCCCUUAGAAACAAUUAUUCAGGAGUCUCUGCUUCGUAGGUCUGUUGAAGAUUAUGAUUAUAGACCAAGAGCAGCUGAUAUGUUUCCUCGGGGCACUUUAGCUCGUUCCAGUGAUGUGAUUCCUCAUGAUGCUUUGCAUCAUAGGCAUAUUGAAGAGAGGGUUUCUCAGGGUGCUUUGCGCAGGCAUUUUGAAGAGGACCGUCAAGAUGCUUUACGCAGGCAGAUUGAGGCGGAACGGCAAGAUGCUUUACGCAGGCAUAUUGAUAUGGGUCCUAGAGAAGUCUUGUACAGGCCUUCUGAUGGUGUCAGGGGAGAUGUUUUCCGACAGCACAGAGAGGUGGAUAAUUCUCAUGAUUCCUUGCAUAGAUCUUACGAGAUGCUUCAGCGUGAUGCUAUGGUGGGCAUGCCUUUUGAGUCGUUUCCACGUGAUGGUUUUAGAAGGACUAUUGAAACAAUCCCACAAGAAACUCUUCAUCGGCCAAGUGGAGAUUUUCUUGCUCAUCGUAGUUCCACUCAGGAGACACAUCCUCACAGCAUUACUACCUCUGCUCUAAUGAGUAAAGCUGCCGUCUUGAAACCACAUCAAUCAGAAGUGGGAGCAGAGAACCAAGAUGUGGUUUUUAAGAUACUUUGUUCCAUUGAGAAUGCCGGAGGAGUUAUAGGAACAGGGGGUAAAAUUAUAAAGACCCUUCAUAUCGAGUCUGGUGCCUUAAUAAGUGUGGGGAAUACAGUUGCUGAUUGUGAAGAACGUUUAAUUACAGCUACUGCACCAGAGAGCCCUGAACGUCAAACCUCGCCAAGCCAGAAAGCUAUACUCCUUGUUUUUACUAGACUAUUCGAGCUUGCCACUAAAAAAAGCCUAGACAAUGGCUCAAGGAUGUCUAUAACUGCACGGCUUGUGGUCCCAACAAGUCAAAUUGGCUGUUUGCUGGGAAAAGGAGGUGUGGUAGUUUCGGAAAUGCGGAAAGCCACGGGGGCUGCCAUUCAAAUUUUGAAGGCUGAGCAGAAUCCAAAAUGCAUUUCAGAGAAUGAUCAAGUUGUGCAGAUUACAGGAGAGUUCCCCAAUGUAAGAGAAGCCAUUUUCCACGUUACGAGCAGGCUUCGAGACAGUCUUUUCUCUAACUCGAAGAAAAGUUCCGUUACCGAGAGCAACUCCACCUUAACUACAGAGAGAAUCCACCACGGACAAUCAGAUAAUCCUCUGUCUAUUGGGUCUCAUCAGUCCUUUGGUCAUCCACCUACCAUCUCUACAAAUCUGCACAGAAGAUCUGAUGAUUCCUUCCUAAGUGGCUCUCUUUCAUCAGUUAACUAUUCGAGACCUGCUGGCACAGAUCCUUACAAACGACCAGAAGACCCGGUUCCUGAUAGAUUUCAUCCAUUACCUGACUAUUCUCCUAAUUUUAGUCGGCGGUCCACUUUAGACCACAAUGAUAUCUCCCAUCACUUAACUGAAACUGCAUCUCGUAUGUGGGCCUCUCCGCCACCGGCAGCUCUAAGAGGUUUAUCCGAUGCUAGUGGUGGAUUAUCUUCUGCACGCCCAAGCCAUGUUCUUGGCAGUGGACACAAAUCUGCGAUGGUUACAAACACAACUGUAGAAAUUAGAGUUCCAGAAAAUGCUAUGAGCUUUGUGUAUGGCGAGCAUGGCUACAAUCUGGAGCAACUGAGACAGAUAUCGGGUGCGAGGGUCAUAGUCCAUGAACCUCAACUAGGAACAAGUGACAGGAUCAUUGUCAUAUCAGGGACACCUGAUCAAACCCAGGCUGCUCAAAACCUCCUUCAUGCAUUCAUCCUUAAAGGUGAAACCUCACUGUCCAAAAGAUACAACCUAAACUAGAACAACACUGUUUUUGCCAUACAGAAAACAAAAAGAAUAAAUGAGCUUAAACUUGUUUCUUGUUAAGUACUUUUGUUUAAUCUAUCUUCUUUUGGUUUGGAUCUUUUGAACUCUUGUACAACAUCAUUUCAGUUUAAGUACUUUGACAGAGUAAGUCUGAUGAUUUCUCUUAAGAACUGUUCCUUUUUAUCACACAUAUUACCACAUUGAAUUGAGAUUUGAUUGAAUGGAGGAGCUACAGCAGGAGCCAUUGCUGAUCCCAUGAACUAUGUUGUAGAAAAUCAUUGCAAUCUUGAGAACAAACAGUAGAUUUUAGCUUUGCAAUACUGAAACUUGCUCGCGCACACAGUCGCGUUGAACUUGACUGGCAUUUAAUUCAGCCUCCUAAGUGGUAGAAAAUUUAGUUUUUAAAGUUCCAAAAUCAAAGGCUCUCAGCAGAGUUCCACUUAUGGUUUUGUGAAACUCUUAAACUCCAGUAUAGCCUCACGUUCUCAAAAUGGUUUUCUGUACAGUACAAGAUGAAAUAAUAAGAUUGUAAGCACUCCUAUCACUCUGAUCUACUCACAGUUAGUAAUCUAAUUAAUUGAAACGAAACUAAGAUUUCAUGUAAAGAAACGAGCUAUCAUGAAAACGAAAAGUCAGAAAAUGUUGGUGUCUAUCUAGAGUGUUAUGUUCAGUUGAACAAUGGUAUGUUGUAGUCUACGUUUGUUUUGCUCGUUCUCAAAAUUGGUCUGUGUGGCAAAAAAAAACAAGAGUACAAGUACAAGAUGUAAUAAUAAGAUUCUAAACACUGAUUUAGUCACAGUUAGUAAUCUAACUAAUAACGCAACUAAGAUUUCAUGUAUCGAAACGAGCUGGCAAGCCUGGCAUGAAAACGAAAAGUCUGAUUUUGUUGGUGUAGACAUUGGUAUGUUCAGUCUAGAGUCUUAGAGAGUGUUUUGUUCAGUCUGAACAUUGGUAUGUUGUGUACUCUUCUACGUUUGGUUUUGUUCGAGUCAUUGUACAAAAAGAUGAAGAAGAUAUUCCAUGGAGAUAAACCAAGUCAGAAUCAGAGGUGGAGUUUGAUGCAUCAUAAACAAGCAAUAACCUUUCAAGAUGAAGCCUUUAAUGUUUCUUUAGAUUACAACUUUUGUAUGUAUAAAGAGAAUCUGAGUUUGUAAUUUUUGUGUGAAAUGUAUCAUUUUCCUACAAGAGAAGACACCGAUGUGUGAACAAUCUUUUUC